AUAUCGUGAUAAUAUUAAUUAAAUUUUCACUACAACCAAUGGAUAUAAAUUAAAUCCAAAAUUAUAUGCUAUUGAGAGAUUCCUUGCUCCUCUUCGGGGCCUUACAUAUAUAACCAACCCUCAGUACCUUUCUCUAUGCUUUGGCAACUGCAAACCACUGAAUAAGUGGUAGAAAGAAAUGAAAAUGAAAUUACUAAUUUUUUUGUUGCUUGUGGGUUUUUCUCCCAUCUCCUUUGCCAAAAUUCCACCAACAUUCCCUUCUUCUUAUCACUUAUCUUCUCUGGCCUCUAAAGGGAAUGAGCUGCUUAAUUAUGAGACAAAUUACUUCACUCAAAUUCUUGACCACUUCAAUUAUAAUCCACAAAGUUACCAGACUUUUCAACAGAGGUACUUGUUCAAUGACAAAUACUGGGGUGGUUCCAAGAAUAAUGCUCCUAUCUUUGUCUACACUGGCAAUGAAGGAAACAUUGAAUGGUUCACCCAAAACACCGGAUUCAUGUUUGAAAUUGCUCCUCAUUUUAACGCCCUCCUAGUCUUCAUUGAGCAUAGGUUUUACGGGAAGUCAAUACCAUACGGGGGAGACAAAGAGAUAGCUUAUUCAAAUAAGAGCACAUUAGGGUAUUUGAGUUCAACACAGGCAUUAGCAGAUUAUGCAACUCUCAUAAUUGAUCUGAAGAACAACUUGACUGCCACUGACUCACCAGUUGUUGUUUUUGGAGGUUCCUAUGGUGGAAUGUUGGCAGCAUGGUUUAGGCUAAAAUACCCACAUGUGACCAUUGGGGCCUUGGCUUCUUCUGCACCAAUCCUCAACUUUGACAACAUCACUUCUCCAUACAGCUUCAAUAAUAUCAUUACACAAGACUUUAGGGGUGAAAGUGAGAACUGUUAUAAGGUGAUUAAAGGGUCAUGGAAACAAAUUGAAGAUACGGCUAAAACAACCGGUGGAUUGGACAAACUCAGAAAGUCGUUCAGAAUAUGCAAGAAUUAUAUUAGUCGAGGUUCUCUUGAAAAUUGGGUCUCUACGGCCUUUGUCUACACAGCCAUGACUGAUUAUCCAACUCCUUCCAAUUUCCUUAAUCCAUUGCCGGCUUAUCCAGUCAAAGAGAUGUGCAAGGCAAUUGAUGAUCCAAAGACUGGAAAGGACACGUUUGAGAAACUUUAUGGUGCAGCCAACAUCUAUUACAACUACACUGGCAAAACCACUUGUUUCGAUCUCAAUGAUGAUUCGGAUCCUCACGACCUUGGUGGAUGGACUUGGCAGGCAUGCACAGAGAUGGUAAUGCCCACAGAGGGGAGCAACAAGGAGAGCAUAUUUCCACCCUCCGAAUGGGAUUACAAUGAAAGAGUCCGAUUUUGCAAAUCAACUUUCGGCGUUAAGCCCAGACCAAAUUGGGUAACUACAGAAUUUGGUGGCUAUAAUAUUGAAAGGGUUCUAAAGAGGUUUGGAAGUAACAUCAUCUUCUUUAAUGGGCUAAGAGAUCCAUGGAGUGGUGCAGGGGUGCUUAAGAAUAUAUCUAGGAGCAUAGUUGCUAUCAUCGCAAAAGAAGGCGCACAUCAUGUGGACCUUAGAUGGUCAAGCAAAGAAGAUCCGGAAUGGCUCCGAGAAGUGAGGGGCAGAGAGGUCAAUAUCAUAUCCAAAUGGCUCUCUCAAUACUAUCAAACUUUGACUGAGAUUUUCUAAUGUUUCGAAAAAGGAAUAUGCAAGCAAAAAGU